GAGGCGACGCAGAGGGCCCAGCAGAGAGGCGACGCAGAGGGCCAGCAGGGAGGCGACGCAGAGGCCACGGCGGGCCCGGGUUCAAACGACCGUCGGUCAAUCAAUCCAGCAAGCCAGGACGAUACGUGGACUGCGCAAUGACGGAGUUCAACAGUGAGGCGUACAUUGGAGUGACAACGGAUAUGGAAUCCCGGCCACGACAUAGGUCUGGCGAGAAUGACUGUGGUCCACAGGAACAUUCAGAAGCGGAAAUGUUCACUCAGCAGGCAGGUGCAGCUUCUCACCUGGUCCAGGGAAAGCCCUUUGGAGAUGUUGUGAAUCACUGCAACCACAAAGAAAGCAUGGACAAGGUGGUGAACGAUGUCAAUCUCAACAAGGCAUACCAGGCAUACAGCGUGGCCUGCAGAGAGAGAGAUUGCUACAAGGAACAACUAGAGAAAACGAAAAAUGAUUUUCAUUUGUACAAGCAAGAGGCUGGGAGGCUACAGGCACAGCUGAAUGCCAAACAGGAGUUCGGUAAACAAUUGAAGCAUCGUGCUGAAGAGGGUAAGAACACAGUCCAUUAUGCUGAGGACAGGCCAUAUGAGCAGGUGUAUAAUGUCGCAUCUACAGAAGUCUCCCAAAGAAAGACUCGGCCAGUACACGAGAGGUUUAGGACGAAAUGUUCUUCUCCAGGUGAACGGAGUGAGCUGGAGGUUGCCUACCAGGAUCUGCAGGAGGAAUUUAAAAAGCUGCACAUGGUGGUACGGAAACAGUCCAACCUGCUCAGGGCAUUUCUGAGGCCAAAAUCUCCAUUUACUUACCCUGAAUCUAUACCUAUCCAGUGCACGGACAUGGAAGACUCCAUCCAGGUCACUGCCCAUACAAGGCUACCCCGCCAAAUGGCUGAAGGCCUGGCAGCUGUUGAUAAUUCACAGGAUGUUACGGAUCACCAUAAACAAACACUUGCAUCAUUUGGAAGCAGAAAAGGUACUUCGCCCAACAGAAGUCACGUACAAGUGCCAACUGAAUCUAACAUGGAAUGCAGAACCCCUCUGGCUGUGCUUGCUGCAGUACCACAAGCUGAUGACAGCUUGCUAAUGACUGUGGAGUCUCUGUCAACACUUGGACUCAAACGUCCUCCUGCUGACAUGGAGUACCUAGAGAACCUCAUCAGCGAGGAUGAUGAUCUGACCGGCCGCCGGGGGGAAGGACGUGCUCAUGAGGUGGGCAACUUUGCCUCAGGGGAACACCACUUAAUCACGUCCAUGGAACCUCCGCCUGAUUCUCCUGCAGCAGCAGGGGUAGUGCCAGGUGUAGGACACAAUUUGGGUGUGACUCCUAUGAAUGCUUUUCCAGGCUGCAAUGUCCCAAAAGAUGACGGUAAUCUGCGUAAGGUUCUACAUUGUAAUGAGCUGGAAGAGAUGUGUCUGAAUUCCCAAUCAAGUGACGGGUCACAGUUUUUCUUCCCUUCCCAACAGCUCAUGGGCAGCGAUUUUUUAUACAUGCCUUCUGAUGAUAAUCUGAGAUGAUGCAGCUUUUAAAGCUACUCUCAGACAUAAAAACCAGAAAUAACAUUGUAAGUUGAAAUAAUUGCUUCAAAACAAGAAUCGUUAUAUAAAGUGCCUUUUAACCAAGCCUCAAAAUUU